AUGUGUUGGUACGUCUGCUUGGUGGUUGGUGCAUCUGCUACACUAUACAUUCCGAUCAUGUAUAGUGUUCAAAAAUUCACUCACUUGCUCUCUGCCCAGCUGAAUAAACCACAAAGAUAUGCUCUUUGGCAAUUGAUUGAAGUUGUGACUGAGAAAAUAAUUCUCAUGCCCAUCAUUUAUUUCUCGUUGGAUAAAUCAAUUUAUCAGAUCGUUUCCUGCUGUAAGCUAACCGACGCAGCAAUGAUCCCAACUUUAAUUCAAGUGUCAUACCUCGGAUGUAACCGACGGAAUUUGCAAGCGAUGUUUAUUUCAUUAAAACCGAAGAACAUUCUGAAAACCAUGUUCUGUGCCUGCUUCCCAUCUUCAAGAGUGACCAGCAAUGAUUUGUAUCAAAUGGAAUCAACGGCGGAUCCGGCAGCAGUUCAAAUCCCAGGCUAA